AUGUGGACGAGGAUUACUUCGCUCGGCCAGUUCCCUGCCAUUCGUACUUCGCAGUGGCCAUUCACAACUGAUCACGAAAACAAGGCGAAUAAUGAAGUAGAGUGCAUUCCAGAAGAUGGAAGAGUGUGGGACGUAGUGAUUGCAACGUGUGAUGAGGCAGGAGCUGGUACGGAUGCAUCCGUCUAUCUCAAGGUUUACUACGAGGCUGCUCACGACUAUGAGACGUUCCUUCUGGAUAAUCCUGGAAGAGACGACUUCGAAAGAGGAGCUAAGGAUCACUUCAAGUUAUUUUUCAAACAGGAUGACAUCAUAAAUAUGGGCUUGUUUUGGUGGCCUGGGUUUAGCUUCAGUCAGUCGUGGUGUACGAAAUGGGUUCUUUUACUGAGUCCUGAUACAGAGACGUGCUUUGAAGGAAUCUUUAACAAGUGGAUCCUUCAUUAUAAAGAUCCACCUACAUACGCCACACGAUUCCACAAAUUGCGAUUCUCUGACUGCGUUGCUCCUGGGGAACCAACGGCGAAUAGACGAAAAUACAUGAGAUAUGAAGACAUAUUUAAUCCAAAUUGA